CUCUCGGUAUAGAGCCUUAGAAAGAUAUGGCCAUCCACCUUAAAUCUCCCUUCACACGAAACCUCGUCUUUCUGCUCUCUUGCACAACAGCGAUUGCAGUAGCAUCUUCUCGGCCACAACUAUCCUACAAGACCAGCCAAGGACAUACUGCUCCCUCAGACUAUCCACAGCCACAUGACUUCCCAAAUGAGAGACUCUACCAGGCCUAUUGUGUCAUCCAGAGCUUCAAAAACACUAUCACACGUGAUCCCAUGAACAUUACGUCGACCUGGAUCGGCCAUGACAUCUGUGGCGAGAAAACCUACGCUGGCUUCUACUGCACAGCAUUGCCGGGGCACGGUCAGAACCUCACAAUCACAUCGGCCGUUCUCAACGGCUUUGGCCUGUGUGCACCGAAGCUGCAAGGCUUCAUUGAUCAGCUCCCAGACCUUGCACUCUUCCAGGCCUCCUCCAACAACUUUGGUGCCUUCGACCUUCCCAUCCUUGCUGGACUCGCAUACCUAUACAAGCUCGACACCAGCGACGACCAGUUUGCAGAGUCUUUAGCCCAACGUGAUAUCAACGGGUUUACUGACGAAAAGGUUUAUGUAACCACACCACCUGUAAAUCUACAAGCGAGAUUAUGCUGGAUGGGUCACUGUUCAGGUGCAGGUGCACAUCUAGGCGGUCAGAAGACUCAGAGCAGACUCAUUACUAGUGCCACAAAUGCUAAGGCACUCCUCCUCAACGACGACAACCUGUCGGGGCCACUUCCGGCGAACAUUGGCUUCUCCAAGUUGAGCUACCUCGCCCUCGUCAACAACAAGCUCGCCGGUCCAAUCCCGCCAUCAAUCGCGCACAUGCAAGACUCCCUCCUCGAGAUGCUCCUCCGCAACAACCAGCUCUCCGGCUGCCUCCCCAACGAGCUCGGCAUGCUCACGAAGACCACCGUCAUCGACGCCGGGAUGAACCAGCUCACCGGCCCGAUCCCUUCAUCCUUCUCCUGCCUCAGGAGCGUCGAGCAGCUCAACCUCGCCGGGAAUCGCCUGUACGGGCAGGUCCCCGACGCGCUCUGCAAGCUGGCCGGGCCGGCCGGCCGCCUCUCCAACCUCACGCUCUCGGGCAACUACUUCACGUCGGUCGGGCCGGCGUGCUCGGCACUCAUCAAGGACGGCGUGCUGGACGUGAAGCACAACUGCAUCCCCGGCUUCGCCAACCAGAGAGGCCCGGCGGAGUGCGCCUCGUUCCUGAGCCAGCCCAAGACGUGCCCGGCGGCGACCGCUCGCGUGGCGUGCCCCGCCGCGGACGCCAAGAUGAACGCGGCGGCGCCGGAGGGGAGGGUGGCCAAGGACUACUCCAGCUACGUGGUGUACGCCACUCUGCAUGAGUGAGGUGCCACCGCAUGCAGUGGGGACGCCCUGCCUAGCUACGUCGUCGUCAGUAUUUGCUCUUCUAUUCUUGUAUGUGUUUGGUGUUGUUGUGCACGUGAUUGAUGUUUGUUUUCUUUGUACGUGUGGCUGUCGGGUCUAGAUCUCGGCUCUUGUGUGUGUUGUACUGCUACGUCAGUUUUGUGGCAGUAAAUUAAUUUGGAUUGUAUCUUGCAUGUUUCAAUUAUAUAUUUGUUGGUUGCAUA